AUGACUCGAUACGCGGGACUAGGGAGAACGCGCCCCAAAAAGCUCACUCCCAAGGCGCCUAUACCCAUUUACCGUGAGCACCAGAUAGAUGACCUUGAGGAAGAGAUCCAAAAUGGCCUACAGCAGGUUGAAACCGGUGUUGAGAAGGCCGAGGAGUCCGAAUACCAUUUGCAAGUUGCUAUCAAUGCAGUUGCAUCGGGGAGAGUUGUAAAUGAGGCCCAUAUUCCAACUCCAGAGACCGUCCUCAGUAACCUGCAAUAUGACGAGCUAUAUCCACCAGUUUUCUCGCAGCCUGCGACAUAUAUCCGCUUCUCUUCCACGGUGGAGGACUGUUGCGGGUGUCCAUAUAACAUGACUGACGAGGAUGAUGUAUUCCUGAAGAUCAUGAACGAGAAGCGGGACCCCGCUGACCGAUGCACGGAGGACCAGUUUGAGGAGGUCAUGAACUUCUUCGAAGAGACGGUGCGAUUAAAGCAGCCGUACGCAGCGGUAGGCAGUGCUCCGGUCUUGAGUUUUGCAGAAAUGCAAGAGUCCAUGGAUGCAACCGUAGAGGAUUAUGUAAGGCGAUUGGCCAAGGACGUAUACGACCACUGGAAAACGAGGAGGUUAAACAAUGGCAACCAGUCAUUACUUCCCAGCCUCAAGUUCGAAACUGGUGCAGAGACGGACGAUACAGAUCCAUAUGUCUGCUUUCGUAGGCGUGAGGUCCGUCAAGUCCGCAAGACUCGCGGUAGAGACGCUCAAAGUGCGGACAAACUGCGGAGGCUCAGAAAGGAAUUGGAAGAUGCUCGUCAACUGGUUGCUCUGGUUCGCCAACGAGAAUUGGCGCGAAAGGAGAUGCUGGCGACAGAGCGGAUACUCUUCUUGCAACGGGCCGAAGUGAAGGAUAUGAAGAGGAAACUCAAUAUCAAAGACGAUGACGAGGACCUCAUCAAUCAAAAGCCCAAAAAGAAGCCGAUAGAGGCACCACCCAUGCAACGUCCAGCGGCAGCCCAGCUUCGUAUGCCACCGAAGCCUGGCGCCCAAGCUGCAGAAGACUUGCAACUGCUGGAGGAUGUUCAAGCAGAAAAGGAGAACGAAAUUAUACGCGAUAUCAAGGCGAACAUCGCGAAACAUAUGAAGUGGAACGAGGGUUAUGUGGAUUUCACACGGGCCCCGCUAUCGCCGUCUCCUGAAAGGACUGUUGAUAUCUCAUUCCGUCCUGCGAUCACAACACAACUGCCAACGCCACCGUCAUCAGACUCAUCCGAGAAUACACCUGACUUGGCCUUAGAUAUGUCAGGCACCGUAUCAUAUCGUGAUAAGCUCGACGAACACGCGUUAAUAAUGAGUGAGGACGCCAACAAGAUGCCGUCAUUCAGGAGACGUAUAGGGCGGGGCGGUCGUCUGUUGAUUGAUCGUCGUAACUUUGCCUCGCGAUGUAGAGUUGAAUUAGACCCGUGGAAGGCAGACCGCUUCAAGUAUGAUCAGGAGGACUCCGACGAGGAUCUUGACUAUGAGAUGGAUCAGUACGACAUCUCCCUCAUGCAGAACCGGGCAAUCAUGCUCGCCAAGGCUCGAGACCAAGCACACGCGCAGGCGCAAGCAGCUCAAGUGCGACGGCUGCAGGCCGAACAAGCCGCGCUCAACAACCUCAAUUCCGGCCAAACAUCGGGGCAAACAAUGGGAUCGAAUCCUGGGCCUGGCGCCAUUGCUCCCACACCUGAAACCUGA